AUGUCGACAGCGAAUGUUCGAACAAUCGUUCGGGUUCGUCCCAAAUCUCUUCGAGAACUAUCAACAAACGCUGUCGAUCUUCUUACCACAGAUGAUAAUCGAAACGAAAUCACUAUUCAUCCACCUCCAGAAGGAUUAGCAAAUUCAAGACAUAGGCAUAGAGUGCGAGGACCUCGAGUAUUUCAUUUUGAUAAGUGUUUUUCCCCCUCCGCAAUUGGCUCCAACGGCCAAGCAUUGGAAGAGGAAGCUCUAUUUCAAAACACAGGUCCCUAUUUAGUCCAUUCAACUUUGGAAGGCUACAAUGCAUGUCUAUUCACCUAUGGUCAAAGCGGGAGUGGUAAAACAUAUUCGACCAUUGGUGCUCGCGGACAAACUGGUUUAGUACCUAAACUUUCAGGUUUUCUUUUUAAGGAAAUUGAUAGAAUUCAAGCGGAAACGAAUGCCACAAUCCGGGUUUCCAUUUCGGUAGCAGAAAUCCUAAACGAAACUGUGUACGACUUAUUAGAAUCCAAGGAAUCAACAGAAAAUGAUAUCCAUGCUGAUGCUUCUACUCACUAUUUUUCUCAAGGGUUCUCCCAAUUUGAAGUUGAAAAUGCUCAAGAAAUUGAUGCAUUUUUACGGUUAGCCGCCAAGACAAAAGAAACAACGAUAGCUGACGAAUCCGGAAAGACUCAUGGUCAUACGGCUAUAAUUUUCAAAAUUCAUCAAAAAAUUCCGAAAACUGAGAAACAGAUUUCUUUGCAAAAAGAAUCUUACUUGCAAAUUUUGGAUCUAGGAAGCUUUGGUCGAAAUUCUCACCAAAAGUCUGAAAAUGGAAUACCUAGCGAAUUUGCCGGUAAUGAUGAAUCUUUGUCGGUAUUGAACCGAGUCAUUGCAUCUCUUACUAGCAAGAAGCAUGACCUCAUAAUUCCUUAUACUGAUUCAGUUCUCACUCGUUUUCUUCAGAAUGCUUUAGGAGGAAAUUGCAGAACCCUUGUGCUGGCUUGCGUGUCACCAUGCGAUUUUGAUGAUACAUUCUCUACUCUGAGAUAUGCAGAAGCAGCUAGAAAGAUCAAGAAUAUCUCCGUUAUAAAUACAAAGAAAAUUUAUGGGGAUUCUGAUGAAAAUGAAUUUGAUACUAUCGUUUCUAGUUUGGAGUCUGACAGAGUUCAAAUGAAACGUCAUGAAGAACACAGCAAAAAGCUACUAGCAAUCAUUGACGAUUUAAAGACCGAGUACGAAAGUCGAAUAAGAAGUCUCGAGCUACAAAAUACAGCGUUAAAGAAUCAUCUUUGCUUAGCUGUUGAUGCAUAUCUUAACCCAGUGGAAUUGAAUUUUCCGAAAAAACCCGGAAAUAAAUCGCAAAAAUCUCUCAAUGAAAUGCUUCAAAUGGAACUCACUGAAUUUCAAAAAGACGUAAAGUUGCUGGCUAAAGACUUUGAGGGAACCGUACUGUCCCCUCAAGAAUUCAAUCCUCCAAGACUUCAAAAUAUUGAAGAAGAAAGUUUAAGACACGACUCUUUGUUAGAUUAA